AUGACGACGACUAAGUCCAAUAUAGUCUUCGACACCUCUCCGUCGGGCAGCAUGACGUUGCAGGUCCUCGAUCGAGCGUCGGCCGAGCUCCCGGCCUGGGCGAUGACGGACCCAGGGUCGUCGACGGGCGCUUCGGCGUCUUCGUCGUCGUCGACGGACGCCUCGCCCGAGUCGCAGCUCCGGCGCCUGGCGUCCUCGCGCGCCUUCAAGGUCGCCGCCGCGACGCUGGAGCGCCUGCUCGCCUGCAACGCCUACCGCCGGCAGCUGGAGAUCUUCCGAGGCCUGUCCGGCGCCCCAGAGUAUGGAGUUGGCCGUCGCUGGUCCAUAGAGAAGCGGUUCCAAAAAGGUGUUCCGUGGCAGGAUCACCGGGCGGAGGCGGAGGAAGUACACGACCACAGCCUCCAGCACCUGUGGAGCUGGAGCCCCUCGGAGGAGGGGGGGGAGGGGCAGGAGGAGGCGGGCGUCACGGCGCUCUGCUGGAACCCCGCAGACGGCGACGUGCUGGCGGCCGGCUACGGGCGGCGGCUGGCCCCUGGGGGAGGCGGCGGCGCUGGGAGCGGCGGCGCCGUGCGCUGCUGGAACGUGAAGAACCCGGUGCACGCGGAGCGCCGCUUCGACCUGGACAGCGCCGUCACGGCGCUCGACUUCUCCAAGGCGCGCCCCAACCUGGCGGUCGUCUGUCUGCUGGACGGCUCCUUGCUGCUGGUGGACGUCUCGCGCGAGAAGCAGGCGGUCCGUCAGGCAGUCCGUGUCUCCCCGGAGCCGCUGUGGGGCGCCUGCUGGUUCUCCCCGGACCCCGCCCGGCCCUGCGACGAGCAGGUGUGGGCGUCCGAGCUCGUCAACCUACCAUCCUGUCCGGUGUUGGCGCAGCGUGGCCCGGUGCGGCAGGUGCUGGCGUGCGGGCAGGACGGCGGCGUGCUCUUGUGCGCGCGGCUGUCACGGCUGGAGCCCUGGCGGCUGGCGAGGCUGCCCCGCGCCCAGGGCCCCGUCAGGGGGCUGCGGCGAGGCAGGAGGCGGCGCGCCCCUCCGGACAUCCCCGCGUCGCGCCACGCGGCGGCCCUCGUGCUCGCCAGGCACCCGGAGCGGCCUCAGGUCUGCUACGUCGGCACGGACGAGGGGCUGGUGCACCGGCUGCUGCGCCUGUGGCUGGAGGCGGCCGCCUGCUGGGAGCCGCUGCUGACUCUGUCCUGCGGCGCGGACCCCGUGCAGGACGCGGCGUGGAGCCCCAGCUGCUCGACUGUGCUGGCGGCGGCGGCCGGGGGCGGGCUGCUGGUGUGGGAGCUGCGGCGGCGGACCUGCUCCCCUGUGCGCCGCUGCCCGCCGCGACCCCUGGACCCGGAGGAGGACCCCCGGGUCUCCCCGGACUGCGCCGCCCUGCUCUUCACGGGAGACGGCCGCAACCUGGCGGCGGGCGACUCGCGCGGCCGCGUGCACGUGCUGGCCCUGCGGGGGGCGGCCCCCGCCCCCCUCCUGCCCCGCGAGGCGCUGGCCCGCGUGCUGAGGGCCGCCCUGCGCUCCGCCCCCGAGCGGCUGGCCCGCCUCGGCCACCUGCUGUGA